GUGGCCUAGUCGUAGGCGAACAGCGUUUUAGAGCGUAUUGGUCAUUUAAUUGUGUCUUCCUCUCUCACCACCUGUAAUUUUGGUUGUCUCUUUGGUGCCGAUAAGGAAGUGGAAGAGCAUACGUUUUUGUUUUCGUGUCAGCUUUUUUUUAUGAAUUCAUCAAUAUGGUUUUCUUGUAUUGGAAAGAACAUUAUUAACGGUGCGAUUUAGCAAAUGUAAUCGCAAGUUCACGCAGAAGAAUUUUACGUAACUCAAACCAGUAUUUUCCUCUCACCAGUUGAGCAACAGUCCGAAGCAAAGAUUUGUGUAGGUUAUGUGUGUUAGCAGCAGCACAAUUUUUCAAUAUUAUUUUUAUGAUCACCUGCUAAUCAUAAAAAGAAAGUCGCGGCGUUCCGACUGUUUUACCACACGUGUGUCCAACAUUCAUAUAUCAAACAGUUAAUCUGAUUUCACCUUAGAUAUUCGUACAAAGAAGAACUAAAAGUGCUCUCAAGUAUAUGCAAUUAAAAUUUAAUUUUUGUUCACGAUUACACAGCAGUUCCACGUCGGGCAGCUAUGAUUAGCUAGUGUUAUUCCAGAAGAAUGGUCUUGGAGCCCAAGUUUGUCGAUUAUGGCAGCAUUCAUCCUACCCCUGACGGCCACACUCAUCAGGUUCAUCACGGAGUAAGUGGGCCCAGAUCUGCACUAUUAUCGCCCCUGGACGACGAAGACGUUACCGCUAACGCGUCCGCCGGACCCAAAAUGACCCAAGGAGAUUUGUAUCAACGGCAACCAUUAUUGCCCAAUCCAAAGAACGGAGAUCAUUGGGCGCAACAUACACAUGGAACGACCGGCUCCGAGUACUAUGUAGAUGAGGAGGACGAAAUUAUGGACAAGGGUUCCAAUCGCAAUGGCGACAUCAUAAUCGACAUUCCAGCUUCCAGGGAAGAGCCCAGAUUCCCGCAGGAACGGUGGAAAACCCUUUUAGCAUUUGUCAUUAUGUGUUUCAACUUUAUCCUCACAUUGACAUCGCUUAGUUUAGUACACGACAAGGUUCCAGACCGGAAAUUGUAUGGUCCACUUCCCGAUGUUUUCUUGCUAAAUGUUCCUGCCUACGACUGGGCUCUAGAUGUUUCAGAAUACAUUAUUAUUUUUUGUGUAAAUUCUUGCAUGAUCACCAUGAUCUUUCAUAAACAUAGGUUUAUAGUAUUCAGGAGGAUAUUCCUGAUAAUGUCGUUGCUCUACAUGUACAGAGCGAUUACAAUGUACGUCACCGUCUUGCCUCUUUCAAGCACAACUUAUGUGUGCUCGCCAACGUCCAAUGACACUUCGCCAAGUCUGAUCAUGAAACGUGUGCUACAUCUCAUGAGUGGCUUUGGCCUGUCCGUAAAUGGCAAGCAUACAUACUGUGGAGACUUUAUCUACAGCGGGCACACAGUGGUUCUAGUGUUUAGUUACCUAGUUAUAUCCGAAUACACUCCCAAGAAAUUCUUCCUCUUGAGAAUCGUUCAUUGGCUUUAUUGGAUUUUGGGUCUGAUCGGUGUAAUCAUGCUUCAACUGUCUCAUGGGCACUAUACCGUUGAUGUAAUAAUAGCCUACUAUGUUACCACUAGGAUAUUUUGGAUAUAUCAUACGUUAGCAAAUAAUGCCAACCUCAAACAAUUCUCCUCGAAUAAUCUUCUAAGCCGCACAUGGUGGUUCGCUCUCUUCCUCUACUUCGAAGGUAACGUUGGAGGUCCAAUUCCGCGGCAGUUCGAUUGGCCUUUACCGUGGCCCCGUAGGUGGCACUCCAAAGGCAAUCGGGCUAGUUAGUGAACAUUUCAAUCGAGCUUACGAAAAAACUGUUUGAAAAUUUUGAAAUAUACAUGUGAUAAUAA